AUGUCAGGCAAGGGUAAAGCAGUUGCUCUCCGAACGGACCCCCUCGUCAUUGAAGCCUUGGCCGAGCACACGGCAACGAUCAUCUUCCUCCACGGUCUCGGUGACACCCCAGAGAUCCUAUUCGGGCCAAUCGAGCAUUGGAGGGGCAACGGCCAAGUCGACCAUGUCAAGUUUGUGCUCCCGUAUGCGCCGGUGAUUCCUUUCACAGCGAAAGCGGGAGUGUCUAUGCCUGCAUGGUUUGACAUUAAAGUCUAUAAUGGUUCACCAGAGGCCCUCCAAACCGACGAGGACGUAGCCGGCAUCUUCGCCAGCAGAGACUACAUCCAGAGCCUCAUCACGGACGAAAUCAGCGCGGGAACACCAGCAGAGCGCAUCUUGCUCGCCGGCUUCUCGCAGGGCGGCGCGACGGCUGUUCUCGCCGGCCUGACGUACCCCAAGACCCUUGCCGGCAUCGUGCUGCUCUCGGCGUGGCUCCCGUUAGUCGACACCUUCAAGGAGUAUGUUCCCGAGGAGAAUGCGAACAAGGAGACGCCCAUUUUUUUGGGCCACGGCGUGGAAGACAGGAUAGUUACGCUGGCGCUGGCGAAGAAGAGCCGGGAUGCGCUGACGGCGAUGGGAUUCACCAUCUCGUGGGAUGUAUAUCCCGGACUGGGUCAUGCGACUUGCGAGGACGAGCUGGACGAUGUCGAGGCCUUUAUCGAUGAGCAGCUGUCCUAG